UAUUCCAUAGUUCAAUGCUACCAUAUCUAGUGUUCUAUCCAGGGAGACAUGGGAAGCUACCGAUCCAUACCCCAAGUAGAUGAUCUCGACCUCUCAGCACUCACCAUUAAUGAAGUAAAUCUCUCCGAAGUCCCAGAUGAUGAGAAACUGGCUGAGGAACUCCAGCUCCAAGAGGUCCUCAUGUCCUCCAUGAUGUCCAUAGAGACAGUCACCAAGCCCUCCUGUGAUGUUUGUUAUAAAGCCAAUGAAGUAGACGCAGAUGAUCGCAAGAUGAAGCAACCUAUCGAACAUCCGCAGUCAGUAACAGAGAUCGGGCAAUCCUCCAGAGCUCCUCCAGUUGUCGAGGAAUUUGACUGCAGCAUCUGCAUGGAAUCAAAGCCACUCUUUGAAAGCUUCAACAUGAGAUCUUGCUCCCAUAAGUUUUGUAAGAGCUGUCUGAGCCAAUAUGUGGCUGCAAGCAUUCAGGAGAAUGUGACUUCGAUCCGGUGCCCCGGCCUGCAGUGCAUGGAUGGCGUUUUGGAGCUGGAGCUGUGCCAACCGAUCCUUUCAAAGGACGUAUUUGAUCAGUGGAGUGACAUGCUGUGCGAGUCGAUGAUCAAAACAAAGUUCUACUGCCCAUAUGGAGAGUGCUCGUUCCUGAUGGAAGGUGAUGAAGGUGGUGGGGAGGUGGUGACAACGUCGGAGUGCCCGAGCUGCCACAGGUUGUUCUGUGCUCGGUGUCGGGUGCCAUGGCAUGAAGGGAUCGGCUGCGAGGAGUUUCAGCAGCUGGGGGAGGGGGAGAGGGGUAGGGAAGAUUUGAUGCUGAGGGAGCUAGCCACUAGACUCCAGUGGCAGAGGUGCCCCAAGUGCAAGAUUUAUGUAGAGAAGACUGAAGGGUGUAGGUUCAUGAAGUGCAGGUGUGGUCAUUGCUUCUGCUACGUCUGCUCGUCUUCAAUGGCACCAGAUGAGCACAACUGUUACAAGUGCAUGCGUUAA